AUGUCGUCGGAAAUGUUAGAAAUGGUGACUAUGUUACAAAAAUUGUCAUCUGAGAUGUCUAAUUUUACCAGUAGACAAGAACAAUUUGAAGAGAGGCAGGAACAAUCUCGACGAGCUCAAGAACAGUCAAUACGUGAGCUCCGAGAUGCAGUCAACAUUGAUCGGAGACCGGAAAGAGACAAGGAAGCAGUGGACAAUGGGGAACGACUGUAUUCCCCAUCGGAUACACCACUUUCGAUUGGGUCUUGCUCCUUCAUGCUUCCAUCUAAUUCAAAUGCAGCAGGGGUAAGUUAUAGUCAAGCUCCUAAUCUACCAGUUAAUUCACUCGCAAUUGGGUCUGUUAAUGCUGUUACUAGUACUGUUAAUGGAACCUCUGCACCUCUUUAUUCCCAAAUCUCAUCACCUUUUCACACCCAAGGAAUUCAGACUUCGAACCACCAACACACCUUACCCAUACAGUCAAUUCCUAUGCCCCAAUUUCACCAAUCACCCAUGUUUCAACCCAAUAAUUACCCAGUUCCACCCAUACAAGGGUUUCAACCCAUGUUCCAGAAUCAAAAUUAUUCAACCCCACCUACACAAGGAUUUCAAUUUCAACCAACACAGUUCUCCAAUUAUAAUCACCUGCCCUAUAGUGCAACCCUUGGUACUAACUACUCUAAUUCAGGAAUUCCAUAUGCAAGUACUUAUCUACCUACUCACAUUCCAUCAUCCAUAUACCAUCAAAUUCCUGUAGCCCAAUCACCACCACCAAACUACAACACUAGUCAGCAAAUACCCUAUCCUAAUCCAGUACAAAACAGUCACAAUAUCCACCUUCCUAUUCCUUCAUUCACUAAGUACACCAAAAUUGAGUUUCCAAGGUUCUCCGGGGAGGACUUAAGAACUUGGUUGUAUAAGGUGGAACAAUUCUUCUCUGUAGAAGACAUUUCCAUCCACCAGAGGUUGAAACUAGUAGCAAUUCAUUUUGACGGUGAUGCAUUACAAUGGCAGCAAGGGUAUAUGAAAGCAAGAGCUCACUUGCCAUUACCCACAUGGGAAGAAUACUUGUAUGCACUUGCUGAUAGAUUUGGUGCAGAAUACACUGACCCUAUGACAGAGUUGAUGAGGGUGAAACACACUGGUUCUGUAAAAGAAUAUCAGGCAGCUUUUGAUAGUGUCAUGACUAGACUGAACUUAUCUGUUGAACAUUCAAUUAGUAUAUUUUUGAACAACCUAAGGCCUGAAUUGAGUGAUGCUGUGAGGAUUGGAAAUCCUUGUAACUUGCCACAAGCUUACUACUUGGCAAGAUUACAUGAAUCUAAUUUUGCUGCUCAAAGCAAGGCAAUUAAGGGAAUAACUUUUGGAUAUGUUCACUCUCAAUCUAAGCCAGCCAUUGGUAAUAGUUCAAAUACCUUUCAGAAGGGAAAUUUUGGGGGGUAUAGAAGGCCUGUUACUGCAAGGAUGGAUACCAAUAGAAGGAAGAGACUGACCCCAGCAGAAUUGGAUGAAAAGAGAUCAAAGGGAUUGUGUUUUUUGUGUGAUGAAAAGUAUACACCUGGUCACAGGUGUAAAGCUAAAAGACAACUGUUUUCCAUGGAACUAGAGGAAGGGGAAGCACUGGUGGAUUGUGAGUUAGAAGUUCCAGAAGAAGAGGAUCCAAUAGAACAGGAGUGUGUGGAAGAAACAACACUGGAAAGUUGUGCCAUAUCAUUGCAAGCUUUAAAUGGCACUAUGGGAUACAAGACAUUAAGACUUAAGGGAUUUAAUGAACAGAAUCCUAUAGAAGUUUUCAUAGACUGUGGUUCCACCCACAACUUCAUUGAUGAGGAAGCAGCUAAAAGAUUGGGGUGUGAGGUGAUAACAAUUAAAGCCCAAUUGGUGCAAGUAGCUGAUGGAAGGGGAAUACCUACUAACAAGUUAUGUAAAGGGUUCAAAUGGUUCAUGCAAGGGGCCAUGUUUCAAGAUGACUUCUUAGUGUUCCCUGUUGGCAAGAGUGAUAUGGUAUUGGGAGUACAAUGGUUGUGUCCUUUGGGAGAUAUCAAGUUCAAUUUUCAGAAACUCUUUAUGGAAUUUGAACAUCAAGGACAGUUGCUGAAAUUACAAGGGAUUCAACCCAAGUUUAAGACUGUAGAAGCAAGGUCCAUCACCAAAAUGACUGAGGUGAGCUCGCAGUUUUUCAUGAUACAAGUGAGAAGUGCUGAAAUGGUGAUAAACAAAAGGGAGGAAAUUGUGGUAGAAGAUGAACCAGUAGUUGUGACAGGGUUGUUAGAAGAGUAUAAAUGUAUUUUUGGGGAACCUCAGAAACUUCCUCCAUCAAGGGGAGUUUUUGACCACCAUAUUCCAUUGCUUGAAGGGGUCAAUCCUGUUAACUCUAGACCCUAUAGAUAUUCUCCAAUACAGAAAGACAUUAUAGAGAAGAUGGUAAGGGAAAUGAUGGAGCAAGGGAUCAUUCAACAUAGUUCAAGUCCAUAUGCAUCACCAGUGGUGCUAGUUGGUAAGAAGGAUGGGUCAUGGAGACUAUGUGUAGACUAUAGAGCUUUAAAUAAGGGGACUAUAAAAGACAAGUUUCCAAUACCAAUUAUAGAAGAACUGUUGGAUGAAUUGGGAGGCUCUCAAAUCUACUCAAAGAUAGAUUUAAGGGCUGGGUACCACCAGAUUAGGAUGGCACCAGCUGAUAUUGCCAAAACUGCUUUCAAAACCCAUUCUGGACAUUUUGAGUAUCUAGUCAUGCCCUUUGGGCUAACUAAUGCUCCAUCUAGUUUUCAGAGUCUUAUGAAUCACAUAUUUCAAGAUCAUUUAAGAAAAUUUGUCUUGGUUUUAUUUGAUGACAUUUUAAUUUACAGCAAAACCUUGGAAGACCACCUGGUGCAUCUUAAGAUUACUUUCGAACUGUUGGUGAAGAACCAGUUGCUAGCUAAAAGAAGUAAAUGUGUUUUUGCUGCUGAAAGGGUAGAGUACUUGGGACACUACAUAUCAGCAGAAGGGGUAGCUACAGACCCUAAAAAAAUAGAAGUUGUUCAAGGUUGGCCAGUACCUGAGACUCUCAAACAGUUGAGAGGGUUCUUAGGUCUAACAGGUUAUUAUAGAAGGUUCAUUAAGGGGUAUGGGGUUAUCAGUAAACCUCUUACUGAGUUGUUGAAGAAAGACAGUUUUAUGUGGAAUCAAAAGGCAACUGAGGCUUUCAAGAAGCUCAAGGUGGCACUCACAACAGCACCUGUAUUGGUGUUGCCUGACUUUUCAAUGAUCUUUGUUGUAGAAACAGAUGCAUGCAACAUUGGUAUUGGGGCAGUAUUGAUGCAGAAAGGACAACCCAUUGCAUUUCUCAGCAAGGGUUUGUCUGUUCAGCACCAAACUUUGUCUGUCUAUGACAAGGAAUUAUUGGCUCUAGUGAUGGUUGUUAACAAAUGGUCACAGUAUUUGAUAGGGAGAACAUUUAUUGUCAAAAACAGACCAGAAGGCUCUUAA